AUGCUUUCUCCUUCUCAUACAAUUGAUCAAUCACCUGCUAUUAGUCAUCCACCAAAACGACCUGCACCUGCAUUAGGACCUUAUUAUCAUUUUAUAAAAACUGAUUUAAAUAAAAUGUUAUGGCUUGGUAGUGCAUUAGUAUUUCGUCAUGUUUCAUUCGAACGUCCAAAAAUUGAAUUUAAUUGUAUACCAAAAUUAGAUUAUAAUUGGGAAGUAUUAUAUGAUAAUCUUUUCGAUAUGCGAAUAUAUAGAAUAAAUAUAUCGAUUGAAUUACGUCAAGGAGAAGAUGACGAUGAAAUUAAAUGGAAAAUUAAUUGGAAUGAUCAUAUAAGCGAAGGUUUAUUUCGUAUUGCUCGUUAUAAUCAAAAAUGGCGUGGAGGUUUUUUCUCAUGUAAUGGAUUUGAUGCUACAGUACCCGAAGAUGCGAAAUCUAAACUUAAAUUUGGAAAUGUAUGGGAUCAUUUAAAUUCUAUUCAUGCUGAAACUCCACUUCAUCUUUUAAUAUGGGGUGGUGAUCAAACUUAUAUUGAUUUUAUAUUUGAAGAUAUUCCAUUUUUAAAACAUUGGGCCGAUAUGGAAUGGAACACUAAAUGGACAUGUGAUUUUCAAGAUGAUUUAAGAGAACAAGUAGAAGAAUAUCAUUUCAAUACAUAUGUUGAAAAUUGGGAACGUCCUGAAGUUAAAAAUGCAUUAGCAUCAAUACCAAGUAUAAUGAUGUGGGAUGACCAUGAUAUAUUUGAUGGUGCAGGAUCAUAUCCACCAUUACUUCAUGAUAGUCCUAUGAUGACAGGUUUAUUUAAAACAGCACAAAAAAUGAGACUUCUAUUUCAACAUCAUACAACAGUAGAAAAAGCGCAUGAUCAUGAUUUAUUCGGAUAUCAAGGAUAUAAUUUUCUAACACAUUGUGGUCCUAAUUUAGCUAUUAUUGGUGCUGAUGGACGUACAGAGCGCGACGUUGAAACAGUUCAAGAUGCUAGAAGUUGGGAUAUGAUAUUUGAAAAAUUAGAAAAUAAUAUUAUGAAUGUAUCACACUUAAUCAUUAUCUUUCCUGUACCAUUUUCAUUUAUUCGUUUUAAAUUAACAGAAACUAUUCUCGAACAUUUAAAAAAUCUUCCGAAUAGAUGUCGGAAUGUUCCAAUUGUUAAAAAUACAAAUUCAGUAUUCGGUUUACCUGAACUUUAUGAUGAUCUUCUUGAUGAAUGGACACAUGGAGCACAUAUUAAUGAACGUAAUCGUGUACUUCAACGUUUUCAAGAAAUUGCUCAAAAGAAAAAAGUACGAAUAACAUUUUUUAGUGGUGAUGUACAUUGUUGUGGUAUUAGUCGUUUUAAAACUCAUACGAACAAUGAUAUAGCUCCAAUACAUGAUAAUAAAUUAAUGUAUCAAAUUAUAUCAUCAGCUAUUGUCAAUUUACCACCACCUUCAAUUGCUAUUCAUAUGGCUCAUUUUGGUAAAACAAAAUGGUAUCCUAUUGAAAAUACUGUAGAAGAAUUAAUCGAUUUUUUUCAACGUUCGCCUGAUACUGGAAGAAGAUUGAUGCAUAAAAAAUUACGUCCGAAUAGAAAUUGGUGUUAUUUUGAACAAUGUCAAGAAAUCGAUCCUUCUAUUUAUACUACGAUUAAAAGUGGAUUCUUUCAUCGUCAUUUUGGAUCGAAAAAACAAGAUUCUCCUAUGAUUGAAUUAGAUCCAACAUCGAAAUCUAAUGACCAUAAGAGUACAGAACCACCCGUACAACAACAUACUCAUGGGCCUGCAUGCACAGAUAUGAGAGAGAUUGAACAAGCACAACUAGAAACACAUACAUUGAAAAUUCGAUUAUGGUUAGAAAGCGGAGGAAAACAUAAUGAAGGAAGACAAUUUGCAAAUUAUGAUUUAUUAAUUCCAAAUUUAAUCUAA